AUGGAGAGCCGGCCCGCACAGUCAAGAGAGUCGGACGCGCCGCCGGUGGCGGCGGUGGCCAACCCCGAUUACGACCUCUCGCAGCCCGUCUCCUCUGCUGUCGGCCUGCGCCAGGGCCUGACGUCGUACGGCGACGCCCACUUCAGCCUGUUCCUGCGCAAGGUCUUCAUCAAGGCCCUCGGGUACAGCGAUGACGCGCUCGCGAGGCCCAUCGUCGGCAUCAUCAACACGCACUCGGGCUUCAACCCGUGCCACGCCAACGUGCCCCAGCUCAUCGAUGCCGCGAAGCGCGGCGUGCAGCUCGCCGGCGGGCUGGCCGUCGAGUUUCCGACCAUCAGCCUGCACGAGGCCUUCUCCUCGCCGACGAGCAUGUUCCUGCGCAACCUGAUGAGCAUGGACACCGAGGAGAUGAUUCGCGCCCAGCCGUGCGACGUCGUCGUUGCGAUAGGAGGAUGCGACAAGACGGUCCCCGCGCAGCUCAUGGGCGGCCUCUCCGCCAACAAGCCCCUCCUCCCGCUCCUCACCGGCCCCAUGAUGCCCGGCUCCCACCGCGGCGAGCGCAUUGGAGCAUGUACGGACUGUCGCAGCAACUGGGCGCGCUUCCGGGCCGGCACCAUUGACAUUGAAGACAUCUCGGCCGUGAACGAUGAGCUGGCUCCCACAGUGGGCACCUGCGGCGUCAUGGGCACUGCCAGUACCAUGGCCUGCGUUGUGGCGGCGUUGGGUCUCAUCCCGUUGGCUGCCGGCCCGUCUGCACCGGCGGUAUCGGCGGCGCGACUGCGCGUCGCUGAGGAGACUGGCCGUAACGCGGUGCGCAUGUGUGCCGACAUAGACACGUGGCGUCCGCAAAGGGUCUUGACCAAGGAGUCGUUCCUGAACGCCAUUACCGUGCUGCAGGCCAUUGGCGGCUCAACCAAUGCAGCAGUCCACCUCAUGGCCAUCGUAGGUCGGCACCCAGAUGUGUCCGGGGCCAUCACCUUGGAUACCAUCGAUGAGAUCGGCAGACGGACGCCGCUUCUGGUAGACCUGAAGCCGAGUGGGGAGAACUACAUGACCGACUUUCACAAUUCCGGGGGGAUGCUUGCGCUUCUUCACCAGCUGAAGCCGCUGCUUGAGCUCGGCGCAAUGACUUAUACCGGCAGGACUCUUGGCGAGGAACUCGCAUUGCAAAGCCCAAUUCCUGUUCCUCAACAUCUCAGCUGUAUUCAGCCCUUCUCCGAGCCGCUGUACCCUGCCUCAUCACUUGUCGUCCUCAAAGGGAACCUAGCACCGGGUGGCUCCGUCAUGAAAGCCAGCGCCUCCAAGGACCGCCGGCUGCUUCGUCACCGUGGUCGCGCCGUUGUCUUUGCGGGCUCUGCAGACCUUGCUCGACGCAUCGACGACCCAGCAUUGGAUGUCACCCCUGACAGUGUCCUCGUUCUGCAAAACAUAGGUCCCGUUGGUAACCCAGGCAUGCCCGAGGCCGGGCUGAUCCCGAUCCCGCGGAAGCUAGCAGAGCAGGGGGUUCUGGACAUGCUGAGGGUUUCUGACGGUCGAAUGAGCGGCACCGCUGGCGGCACCAUCGCCUUGCACAUUUCUCCAGAGAGCGCUGACCCAACGUCGGUGCUCGGUAUCGUCCGAGACGGUGACAUGGUUGUCUGCGAUGCAGAGAAGCGAUUGUUGGAGGUAGAAAUUUCCGAUGCAGAGAUAACAAGCAGGAUAGAAGCGCGGCAAGCAAGGCUGAAGACAGAGACUCCCUGGCUUACGAGGGAGAAAACCAGGGGCUACCGCGGGCUGUAUAUGCGAUCGGUCAACCAGGCACAGUAUGGCGCCGACUUUGACUUUCUCACGGCAGCAGGCCCCUCAAAAUGA